UUUGCUUCUCCAGGUGGCGGCUCAGCAGAAGAUGAGACUGAAUUUUCUUCUCCAGGUGGCGGCAACCAAGCUAUAUAUGCUCAGGAAGUUCCAGUUCAAACCAAAUCAAAUUAAAGUGUUCAAUACAGUUUACAAGAAGAAUCUUCAAUAAGGAUAAAGGAAAGGGGAGAUGGGUUGGAGAGGGAUAUUGGGUUUUGAGUAUGGGAUAGUGCAGGCACCAUUGGGACCUGAUAUCUCCGGCCCGGAGCUUGUUGCCGCAGUUGCGAAUGCCGGCGGACUUGGUCUCCUUAGAUCCCCUGAUUGGGAGGAUCCUGAUCACAUUAGACAACUCAUAAGAAAGACUAGAACUUUGACAGACAAACCAUUUGGGAUUGGUUUAGUUCUUGCUUUUCCUCACAAGGAGAAUCUUAAGGCUAUACUAGAUGAGAAAGUUGCUGUUUUGCAGCUUUACUGGGGUGAAUGCACCAAGGAGCUAGUUCUCGAGGCUCAUAAAGCUGGGGUCAAGGUUGUGCCCCAAGUGGGGAGCUAUGAAGAAGCAAAGAAAGCUUUCGAUGUUGGUGUGGAUGCAAUUAUUGUCCAAGGUCGGGAAGCAGGAGGACACGUUAUUGGCCAGGAUGCUGUAAUGACCCUCGUGCCAAGAGUAGUUGAUCUAGUUCAUUCUCGUGGCAUACCGGUCAUAGCCGCUGGAGGUAUAGUGGAUGAGCGUGGCUAUGUUGCUGCUCUUGCACUUGGAGCUCAGGGCGUCGCACUGGGCACAAGGUUUGUUGCAACCGAGGAAAGCAAUGCGCACCCAACAUACAAGAGAAAGUUGGUUGAACUCGAUGAGACAGAGUACACCGAUAUAUUUGGUCGUGCUAGGUGGCCAGGGGCACCACAACGCACCUUAAAAACGCCAUUUUUCUUGAACUGGAGGGCACUUCCCAGUCAUGAGAACGAGGCAAACCAACCUGUCAUUGGCCAUUCAACCAUACACGCCAAGGAAAGGGAGAUUCGCCGCUUUGCAGGGCCUGUCCCAAAUGCAACAGCAAGCGGUGAUAUCGAGAGCAUGGCGAUGUAUGCCGGUCAGGGUGUUGGUCUUAUUAAGGAAAUUCUGCCGGCCGGUGAAGUGAUAAGUAGGCUUGUGAAAGGAGCUCAACGUUUGAUCCAUGAACAGUAUAUGUUACAGAAGCAAAUACCUUGAUGUUCACUGGUUUAACCUUUUCUUGUGACAAGGAAAAUCUGUAGUCACUAUCCGAGGGUGUUUACUAGGUAAACCUCUCUUUGUGACCUUAGCUGACAAAGAAAAUACUUUGUUAUGUUGUCUUCAUGUAAUCAUGUUAGCUGUAAUGCCUUAAUAAAAUGUCCCAAGAAGAAUGGGGAUGAAGAAAUAACCUUCAAAGUA